CGAUGUUUUUUAUGUAACAAACGGGUGUCUAUGGGAAAGUCGGUCCACUACAGCGUCAAAGACCGUGGCAGCUAUAGAAAUGUAUAGACACGUUAACAGAAGAAAACCCAAAUCUACAUAACACUUGCUUUUUCUAGUUUGAAGUACGCCACUAUGUCGCACGUGCAGGACGUACCGGAGGAGAGGAGCGCCUUCUUCAUCGGCGCCGACUCGGACGCCGUCUCGGAGGAGGAGGACCACCAUCAACUUAUACUGCAAAAAGCCAACGCGCUAGCUUCGGAAAACUGCCUGAAAGAAGCCAUUGACUGGUUUUCCGUUGCUAUGCGGUACGGCACCGUGAGACCGGAACAUUUAAGCACUUUCGUGGACUGUAUCCUCCGCAACUUUAAGAGGAAAGCGGCGGGGCCAGACUCCCUCUCGGGCCAGAGUCGGGAUGUAGCUAGCUGUGCGGACGAUGUGUUCGACUGUCACAACUGUCAUGGCUUUCUAGGUGAACCUGUGACCUUAGACUGUGGACAUACGUACUGCAAAAGGUGUUUACAACGACGGCUGCUGUCUAAAUGUAAGCUGUGCAGUGAAGCCGUCAGCGGUAAGGAGAAAGUGAAUGUAAUUCUCUGCGGACUGUUAGAAAAAUGGUUCCCCGACGAGCUGAAAAAGUCCAAAACACUAUGUGAAGUGGACGAGUUGUGUAGAAGAAGCCGCUACCAAGAAGCUGUGUCGCUAGCUACUGAUAUAAUUCAGUGUGAUCCAGAGACAACAGCAGCGGCUCGAUUGUCUCGAGCGGAGGCGUACAUGGCUCUCAAACUGUACCGUCUGGCUUUGGAGGACACAGAAUUUAGUCCCGAGUCCAGCUGUUCUGCUGAAGCUCUAUUUAGGAAAGCUAUGGUGCUGCACGAGAUGGGCCAAGUGGACGAGUCCCUCCAAGUCUUCCUUCGCUGCCUGGCUGUGGACGAGGACUUCCCCAGUGCUAAAAGACAAGUGGAAAAGAUCCUGUGCGACCUGCUCUCCCCAGCUGAUGAGAAUGUCAAGGUCGGCCUGCGGGAAACUACACAGAACACGUCACCUCACUUGCGCAGUAAAACACUAGUGUCCGAUGUUAAAGUCCAACCACAAAGCCCAGACCAAAGACAACACCAGAUCCGUGCUGCCUCGGCACACCUCCAUCUGGACAGCCAGGAGAAACGCUGGGAAAGCGUGGAGCGGCCUGGUCUGAGCAGAGCUCAUUCACUGCGGAUGCACGGCUCCAGCUGUGGUGAGGAGGGGCUGAAGAGAGUCUGCUCAGCUCCGCAGCUGGGCGACGAGGACAAGGGCAGCCUGCUAAAGAGGAAGCUGUCAGUGUCCGACACAGAACCCUGUGUCGUGGACAGCGGAAGUAGCAAACUUAAAAAACAAGGAGUAAAAGGUGCAAAAGGCUCCAGACAAAAAGCUGCCAAAGCUAAAACCAGCAGAAGUGUUCCUGAGGACCUGCUGGACCCCAACGACUUGGAGUGCUCUCUCUGCAUGAGGUUGUUCUAUGAGCCUGUGACGACACCAUGUGGCCAUACCUUCUGUAAAAACUGUUUGGAACGCUGCUUAGACCACAUGCCCCAGUGUCCCCUCUGUAAAGAGAGCCUAAAGGAGUAUCUAGCAUGUAGAAAGUACAGGGUGACCACAGUGUUGGACACACUGAUCAAACAGUAUUUGAGACAGGAGCACGCAGAGAGGACUAAGACUCAAGUGGAGGAGACCAGAGAACUUUCUGACCUGACAAAGAAUGUGCCUAUCUUUGUGUGUACCAUGGCUUACCCCACCGUGCCUUGCCCCCUGCAUGUCUUCGAGCCUCGCUACCGUCUCAUGAUCCGCCGCUGCAUGGACACAGGCACACGGCAGUUUGGGAUGUGUAUCAAUGAUCCCCAGAAAGGGUUUGCAGAUUACGGCUGCAUGCUGACCAUUAGGAGUGUCCAUUUCCUCCCUGAUGGACGGUCAGUAGUGGACACUAUCGGAGGGAAACGCUUCCGAGUGUUAACCCGAGGAAUGAAGGAUGGUUACAGCACCGCUGACAUCGAGCAUUUGGGUGAUACCAGGGUGGAGGACAGUGAAGAGUUGGAGAGACUACAAGAGCUGCAUGAUGCCGUGUAUGAGCAGGCCCGCGACUGGUUCCAGAACCUCAAGAUCCACUUUCACAACCAGAUCCUGCAGCACUUUGGACCGAUGCCAGAGCGAGAAGCUGACAUUCAGGCGACUCCUAACGGUCCGGCGUGCUGCUGGUGGCUCCUGGCCGUGCUGCCUAUCGACCCGCGGUACCAGCUCUCCGUGCUCUCCAUGACCAGCCUCAAAGAACGCCUGGUGAAGAUCCAGCACAUCCUCACAUAUCUGCAGAGUAUCCCCAACAACUAGAGCUUCCUCUCCUCAUCAACACAAAUACUGGACGUUGAAGUGGCACUCAACAUCUUGCCAACUUCUGUUUCUGCUGCCAUCUGAUCCUUCAGCGUUUGUUUUUACAGCUACAGGAGCCCUCGUCCUCACAUGGAAAGCCUACGCAAGACAAUGCAAAGCUGAAACAUCCUUGAACUGUGGUUAACUGAAAUGGAGAUGUGGUCAAACCACCUCAGGGAUACUUCCACUGAUGCACAUUAUUUGUUUGAGACUUAAUGAAAUGGAAAAAAAAGUCUGCUCUCAUUCUAAAUGCUGUUCAUUUUCAGAGGAACAUCCUUGAGUGUUGAAAUAAAAAGAGCAGUUAAUAAUCCACUCAUAUUUUGCUGUCUUAGGUGUCAGAAUAAUAUAUCUAAUAAUCAAUGUUAAGCAAGGUGAAGAGAGUAUUUAAGUAAGUGUUGGAUCAUCUGAUGAGACCAGUGAAAAAAGGAAGUUGUUUUUUUUUUCAUUUCUGUAGUAUGGAGGAAAGAUGAGGUGAUUCUGUGGAACAAAAUCCUAAAUGCUGAAAUCCCUCAAAAAAUGAAAGCAAGAUGUGGUUUAGAUGAACCAGUGAAAAGAGAUUUGUGCAAAAACCAAGCGCAGCUAAAGGCAGGCGCACCAAACGCUCAUGAAAGUAUUAAUCCAUAUCUUCCGAGCAUUUUCUGUUUACUCUCUUCCCCCACAACUUCCAUCGCUGCCUCUUAACCGAGGCAGAGGACCUUCCCGUUGAAAGAAGGAAACGGUUUGUGUUUCCUCCCGUCGUUUUGAGUUUCUUCUUAGUUUUCUUGCAAAGAUGGGAUGUUUUAUCCCUCUUUACAUCAGGUCACAGCCCUGAAAUCUCAUCCUAACUCUCUUCAAACACUUUCUUCCUCUCACAAAUAACCUUAAGUCGUAUGCACUAUCUUCCAUUGUUGUUAUGGACCUUUAGAGACCCUGGUGGAGUUUUGUAUUGAAGAUUCAGUGGUUCUGUUCACACAUUACUUGUCUCCUCUAAACCAAAAGAUUGAGCUGCCCAUGACAUUAAUUUAAGCUAAUUUAUUAGUAAAACUUUAUUUGUACAUUCUGACUGUGUUUGUAUGAGAAAUUCUAAAGGGGGAUUUGCAAUAUUGUGACAAAUCAAAACAAGACAAAAACAUGUAUGAUACAACUAAUGAGUGAGUGUUAUCUUCCUUCAGAGCUGCUCUCUAUGAGGAGGGGUCGGUUCACCAGUGCUCCAGUCUGGACUGCAUUUGCCUUACACCAUUGGGCAUUGUGAUUUUAAACAACACAAUGCUUUGGCUUGGUAACCAUUCCUUUUUUGCCAUAGUGUGAAGUAUGUUUUUAUUGUAUUUUUCUUUCUCUCGGUUAGUUUGAGGCACCAUUUGUGCACAAUGUGUAUAAUAAAAAACUUAAAAUGAAAUUCAAGUCAAGGCUGUUGUAUGUAAAUGAUAUGUAAAAAAAAAAAAAAGGCUUUUUGGACAGAUCUUGGUUUUUGGUCUGAUGUUUUAAGUUAUCAAUUUUCAAUAAUAAAUGCACUUCUUUUUCAG